GCGCAGUAAGUGACUCCGAGAAGGAGUAAGCAAUUGUUUCUGUGAUAUAGCAACAAAAAAAAACAAAAGCAACCUUUGCUUUUGCGAAGACGCGGAAACAAAGAAUCCAAUCGACUAGACAGCUACAUUUUCGACGCAGCAAACGACCGUAAUAAAAUUUUUCUAAAACUCCUUUCUCAACGAUCUAUCCCUCUCAGAGCACAAGUCCGACAAAGUAGAGACGUCGAGACGCGAAGUAAGUUUCAUCCCAAAUAAACAAGCGAAUCCAAAGUAUUACUUCCCUGAGUGAUUACCAAUCACAACUUUUCCUUUAAAAAAAAUCCUGGCGAUCCACUAAAAACUUUAUCUUUAUUUAGAUGGGUUUACGAAAGAACAACCUGUGAGCUGCGAAGAUGCUUUUCUCACCGCAUCGACGCAAGCGCGCAAUAUGUAUGAUGUGAAAUCUCGAGGUAUGCAGGGUGGUAGUGCUGGUGAGAACAUCAAUUCGCUUUCACCUUCAUUGCUGCUUCGUUUUUAUCUCCGAGUUCACUGCUACAUCUUUUGAAAAAUAAAACUCCGUCGUGGUUCGCAAAAACGGAACAAACUACUGAUAGGCUAUUCUGAGGAGGAGAAAACCGAGCACAGCUGGUGCGUAUGGAUUCUUUCUUGUUGGGAAAAAUGACAUACGUCGCUGCUGCUCUCGGUAAACUUUUACUGGGAACAGACUACUUGGUGGCACUAAUUUCGAUUCUGUUGAGCCAUACGGAUUAUACUAGCCCGGCGGUAGGAGUUGUGAAUUUCGCUAUUGUGCGGUCUUGCAUUUAGCUUGAUUCAUCCUGUAGUUCCGGCGCUUAGGGGUCUCUACCAAAAUAACCCGGGCACUAGCAGCUUUCACAAACCGAUUUGAACGAAAAAAAAUCGACGCACUUCAUAUACUACAUUCGCGGUGAAAUGAAGGAAGCUAUUUCUUCUGCAGUUCCAAAAACCUGUACCGUUGAGGAAAGUAGACUUCCUUCAACGAUAGAUUUUUUUUCGGAUCGAUUGAUUGAAGCUAUGUCCCGUAUAUCAAAAA